AUGCCUCCAAUUUAUGUCAAAGGUGGUCUUUGGACCAAUGUUGAAGAUGAGAUUCUCAAAGCGGCGGUGUCUAAGUAUGGUCCAAACCAGUGGUCUAGGGUUUCUUCCUUACUAGUGAAGAAGACUGCUAAACAGGCCAAGGCAAGAUGGCAAGAGUAUCUUAACCCUAUUGUUAACAGAUCAAAUUGGACUCGUGAGGAAGAUGAGAAAUUAUUGAGGCUAGCCAAAUUGGUGCCCAAUCAAUGGAGAAGUAUUGCUCCCAUCAUGGGACGUACCGCCACUAGCUGUGUUGAAAGGUACCAGAAAUUGCUUGACGAUGCCAGUGGCUAUCAAAGAGAACAAGGUGAAGAUGACGACGCUGAGGAUGAACUUGGUUUGGCAGGAGCCGGUAUCGAAUCACUUCCAAGCACUGGAAACAAUAUAAUAGGAGAUCUUAACAUCCAUCCAGAGAGUAAACCAGCCAGGCCAGAUGAAGAAGACAUGGAUGAGGAAGAGCGUGAGAUGCUUUCAGAAGCCAGAGCUAGAUUAGCGAAUACCCAGGGUAAGAAAGCUAAAAGAAAGGCUAGAGAGCGUAUGUUGGAAGAAACAAAGAGAAUCUCUCAGCUUCAAAAGAGAAGAGAGUUGAAGGCUGCUGGUAUCAAAGUAUCAAUAGAAUCCAAAAACAAGAAGAAGAGGAAGGAGUUUGACUAUAAUGCAGAUAUUCCCCAUGAGGUUACUCCUCAGCAAGGUCUCUAUGACGUAGAAAGUGAGAUACGAUCAAAUUUACUGGACCAGAGUAAGUUCAAUAGAUCAGUCCAAGACCAGGGAAUACAAGUGAAUGAUAACGAUAAAAGGAAUAAAGGAGACAAACGGGAUAAGAAAGAGAAGAAGGACAAUCGUAAACGUGAGGUAGAAAGCAUAGAGGGAGAAGCGAAAUCUUACACUAAUGACUUUAGUUUGAAAAGACAAAAAUUAGAUUUGCCUGCACCAGACGUAGAAAUGGAAGAGGGUAGUGACGAUGAUAUUGAUAAUAGGAUAUUGAAGGCUACAUUAGACUUGAAGUCUAGCCAGAAGCAGAAGUCCAGUUUAAUUACUGGCGAAAGCACUUAUUCAAAAGAAAGAGAAGAAGAUGAUGUUGAUGAUGUAAAGAAAGAAAAGGUAAAGGAAGACGUAGAACGAAGUACAGCUGUGAUGAAAUCAAGAACUGACAAAGUUAAAUCUAGCUUGAGUAGUCUUAAAAGGUUGUUGCUUUCCCUGUUAUCGAAGUUACCACAGCCCCAGCGAAACCCUGAGAUAGUUUUACCUAGUUUAGAUGAAGCUGAAGAAAUUAUUCUAACUUCCACUGAGGAUUCGAGUACUGAGAGAUUUAAAAAUAUUGAAAUCUUGAAGCAACAUGAUCAUGAAAAAGCGCUUAAGAGAAGAUCCCAGGCUGUCCAGUUAGGACUUAGUAUACCUAAUCCAAGCAUAAUAAAAAACCCUGGAUCAAACGUACGGGGUCUUGAUUUAUUGAUAUUUAACGAAGUGAAUCUGCUCUUAAGGUCCGACUAUAAAAGGUAUCAAGAUAUGGCAUAUGAUGCUGAUCUUGUUGAGGACCUAAAUGAAGAAGAAUACGAGAAAGUACAUCAAGAAAUACUGGAAGAAAUGCUUAAGGUCUCACAAGGGCAACUGAUUCCUCUGGAAGAAAUUCUAAUCAAAACCUUUGAAGCAGCAGAAGCUAGUAUCUACAAAUUGCACGACUUUGCUAACAAAGCAACUGAAAUUGAGUCUACCAUCAGCAAAUCAACCCAGUAUCAAGAUCAUUCGGACUUAUCAGAGAAACUACGUAAUAAUAUUGAAGCGUUAUCAGCAGAGAGUUUGGAACUCGACAUUCUGAUUAAAAAUUAUUCUGAUAUGCAGAAGGACGAAGAGUAUGCGAUCGAAGCUAGGAACUCUAGGUUGCAAGGUUUGGUAGACAAGUUAGUUGAAGCGGAACAAACGGCCAGCUCGAUAUUGAGGGAAAACCGAAGAUAG